AUGAGCAGUGUUGAGAACAAAGAAGAGCAGUGCCAAAAUAAUUUGAAUAAAAUUUAUUCGGACCUACUUCAUCUCAUCUGCUCUUUCGAAAAGGGUAGUGGAUCCGAGUUAACAGUACGAUUGCGACAAGUGGAAUCCGGUUUGGAACAACUGCGCGAAACGAUUCGUCUCAUACCAGAUAUUCAAAACAACGAACAACGUCAGCGAGAUAAGAUCGCAUCACUUUAUAGGCAAAUAAAACUGAAAGAUGAGCUUAUCCAGUCCUUCUUGCACUACGACAUCGUUGACGGAAGCGAAAGAAUCGACAUCAAGCGCGAUUGA